UCAGCGAGAUCGGUGUCGUGUGAUGAUCACGUCAUGAUCACGUUAUGACAUCAUGCUGAACGCGACGAAAAGCUGUCUUCUCCACGCUGCUCUCCGGAAGGUAUAAUUUAUGUGAUUCCAAUCCUCGUUUCUUGCUUUGGCUUUAAUCAUGGAGAACAAACGCUCAGUCUCUUUCGGGAAGAAACCUAAACCCGCGAAGAUAAAAGACGACGCCGACCCGAUGACAAACUUCGAGAAAUGGAAGAAAGACUACAUGAAGACGAAAGCAAGAGUGAAGCGAGAGAAAGCGCAGAAGAAGAAGCCCGAGUGGCAGGUAGAACGGGAGUACAUUCAGAAGCUUGUCAGCAGGUACGGACACAUCAACACCAAAGAGGCUGUCAAGUUUUCAGACUUCCCCAUUUCAAAGAAAACCUUACUAGGGUUGCAGGAGGCUCAGUGCAGACAGCCCACAGAGAUCCAGAGGCAGACUGUCGGCUUCGCUUUGCAAGGUAGAGAUGUCCUCGGCGCGGCUAAGACAGGUUCCGGGAAGACUUUAGCCUUCCUCAUACCGGUGCUGGAAUGUCUGUAUCGACAGCAGUGGAGCUCCGUGGACGGCCUCGGUGCCCUCAUCAUAUCCCCCACCAGAGAACUCGCCUACCAGACCUUCGAAGUCCUGCGCAAGGUUGGCAAGAACCACGAGUUCUCUGCGGGGCUCAUCAUCGGCGGGAAGGAGCUGAAGAGCGAGGCGGAGAGGAUCCACCGCACCAACAUCGUCAUCUGCACCCCGGGCCGGCUGCUCCAACACAUGGAUGAGACGGCCACGUUCCACGCCUCUGACCUCCACAUGCUAGUCUUGGACGAGGCAGACCGCAUCCUGGACAUGGGCUUCGCGGACACACUCAAUGCCAUCUUGGAGAACCUUCCUAAGUCCCGGCAGACGCUGCUGUUCUCCGCCACGCAGACCAAGUCAGUCAAAGACUUGGCCCGGCUCAGCCUCAAAGAUCCAGAGUACGUGUGGGUUCACGAGAAAGCCAAGUUCAGCACCCCAGCAACCCUGGAGCAGAGCUAUGUGGUUUGUGAGCUCCACCAGAAGGUCAACAUGCUCUACUCCUUCAUAAGGAGCCACCUGAAGAAGAAGAUCAUAGUCUUCUUUGCAUGCUGCAAGGAGGUACAGUACUUUUUCCGAGCCUUCUGUCGCCUAAGACCCGGCAUACCCAUCCUGGCUUUGCAUGGCAAGCAGCAGCAGAUGAAGAGGGUUGAGGUCUACAAUGACUUCCUCAGAAAGCAGAAUGCUGUGCUCUUCGCCACUGACAUAGCCGCCAGAGGCCUGGACUUCCCUUCCGUCAACUGGGUGCUGCAGUUCGACUGUCCAGAGGAUACAGACACCUACAUCCACAGGGUGGGCCGGACUGCCAGGUACAAGCAGGGUGGAGAGGCCCUACUGCUGCUGCUUCCCUCAGAGGAGAAGGGCAUGGUCAGCCAGCUGCAGGAGAAGAAGGUUCCCAUUAACAAGAUCCAGGUGAACCCAGAAAAACUACAGAAUGUCCAGCAGAAGCUGGAAGCUUUUCUGGCCCAGGAGAAGGAGCAGAAGGAGAGAGCCCAGAGGUGUUUUGUUUCCUAUCUACGCUCCAUCUACCUGAUGAAGAACAAAGUGGUGUUUGAUGUCUUUAAACUCCAGAUUCAGGAGUAUGCUGUUUCUCUGGGCCUCGCUGUGGCUCCAAGGGUGCGCUUCCUAAAUAAAGUUCAGGUACAGAGAGCUGAGAGAGAUGGGCAGACAGAGGAGGUGCAGUCUGAAGAAGAAGAAGAGUUGAAGAGCUAUAAGGCCCAGCUGAGAAGAAACGUUCUUCAUGGGGAAGGUCAAAACUCAGAGUCAGAAAACUCAGAUGUGGCUGAGGAAAGUGGCAAUGAACAAGAUGUGGAUAAUUGCAGGACACUACUUCUGGGUGCAGAUGACAAAGACGAGGACGAUAGUGAUUUGAGAGACUUGGACCUGCUGACAGUCAAAAGAAGGGAUGUUUUCAGUCUUACAGGGGACCAGGAGAGUCUGGAGGAACCUUCCAUGGGCUCAAAAAAGAAAAUGGAAAAAGAGACAAAGUUCAAAGAGGCCAAAAAGGUCCUCAAGAGAAACUUCCAAGUCAACACCAAAGUGACUUUUAAUGAAGAAGGAGAAGCUGUGCAGCUGUGGCCACCAGUCCAACGGGCAGUGACUGGUGAAGAGGAGGAGGAAGUUUCAGGUAUCGACAUGGAGAAGGCCAGGGAGAGGCUGAAACGCGAAGACCAGGAGUUUGACAAGCGGGAGUACAGCCGCAAAGUGAAAGCCAAACACAGAGAGUUGAGGUUGAAGGCGAAGGCAGCCAGGAGGGAGGCCAGCAAGCAGCAUGGAAAGCAAUCUGAUGCAGAGGAUGAGGACGAGGUGGUGGCGUACCUGGCAAAUCACAGUGAAGAUGAGUUUGACCCCAGCACCCUGCCGGACCCUGACAAACUGCCCACUGAGGAGGAGGAGGACCAGAUAAGGUCAGCCAAACGGCAGCACAGCAGUGAAAGCAGUGAUGAGGAAGAUGAGGAGCUCACAGUAGAGAAGAGGAAGAAAGUGAGACAGCAGGAUGAUGAGAACCUAGCUCUGGACACUGGUCUCUCUCUGGCUGAAGACGAGGAGUUAGUCUUGCAUCUGCUAGGAGGACGGAGGUAGAGAAAACAGAGGAAUUUGUGAUUUAGGGAGGGCUUACAAACAUUAUGAACAUUAUGAACUCAUCAGUGAAUAAAAGUUUUUAAAAUAAAGCUAGUAGUUAAAUGAGAAAAUGUCCAAACACAGAAGCUGUGUCCCAAUUAAAGACUACAUACCAAUUCUAGCAAG